AUGACGGACUUAUCGCAAUACAACGCGGAGUUCUUCAAGCCGUACAUUACCAUCGUCAAAUACCUCCACUCCACUGGCCAGGAUGUCUUUAACGAGAGGAACAGCAUCUACUACAGGAUGAGGAUCUGGUGCCACAUCCUUCUCAUCAUCUACCUCGUGGCAGCCACCUGCCACUGGUUGGUGAUAGUGAUCGAUGUUCGUGGUGGCGCAAACCUGGUGCUGCUAGCUGCGGAUCUGUCGUUCUGUUACAAUAUCACUGAAGGGGUUUGCCUGCAGAUCUUCUUCACGUUCCACAAGAAGCGGAUUCAGGGCUUCAUCAUGGCGAUGGAGGAGCAGUGGAGCGCUGCGCCCGCCUCGCCCCGCGUCGCCGACUACAGGACACAACAGAUCAAAUCCCUGGACAAGUAUUAUAGAAUUUACAUGGGCAUGCUCCGCUUCCUGGUCCACAUGUAUUUAGCCAUGCCACUUCUGCUGGUGAUGGUGCAGCGCUUCGUGCUUCGGCAGGAGGUGGACUUCGCGAAGGUGCUGCCCUUCCGCUUCUACGUGCCCUUCGACUUCACACACGACGUGCUCAAGUUCUUCGGCGUGUAUAUGAUACAUUAUGGUAUCGCGUUCACAGUAGCGUACAUCCACAACGCGGGUCUGAUCUUCCUGUCCAUCACUAUCCACCAUCUGAAGGUGCUGUUCGUGAUGCUGCAGGAGGAGUUCCGGGAGGCGAUACAGAGGAACAACGACGACACCAAGCAGGACCUGCGGGAGGCCAUGCGCCGACACAUCAGGCUGUCCACCAUGCUUCAGGAACUAGAAGAGGCGUUCGGUUCGAUGUUUUUCAUCCGGCUCGCCUUCUUCUCGAUCACCCUGUGCUUCUUCCUCAUAGCUGCUAUCAUCAACAACACAGCGGAGGACUACCGCAACCUGCUGGCGUGCGGCGCAAUCGUCACCAACAUCUACAACUGCUGCCGACACGGACACUUGCUCACAGAGGCCGCGCGCGACGUCGCCACAGCAAUAUACGACAGCCCCUGGGAGCAGCUGGAUUUGAACACGAAGAAGAUGCUCACUCUUGUCAUGUUACGAGCGCAGCGAGUCAGUCACUUGAAGUCUACGCAUUUUGUCAUCAUUUCCCUGGACAGUUGGGUCAGCGUAAUGAAAACGACGUGGUCGUUUUUCUCUUUGAUGCAGACACUGUACUGGUGA